UCAAAAUUAUCCUUUUCACUCCACCGGGGACCACUGCAUUGGGGAAUGUCCUCAACUGCAAAACCAUUUAAUUACGUAUUCCCCCCAAUAACUCUUCAUAUUCUGAAACUCAUCCUCAACUGCAAAACCAUUUAUAAUGUUCAUGUAAACCACAAACAACAAACGAGGCUCCUAUCAAUCGGCAAUCUUUUCUCUAACGCAAACGAUCUACGUAUAUAAUCGAUCGCAUGUACGUAUUUGUUGGAUGCAUACAAGAGGCAGCCACGUUGUCCACACUGUUUCUUCCUCACUCUCACUAACAAAAUUGUCAUCGAUGAAUUUGCGACGCUUGGCACUUGAUGAUUAGGGAGUCGAGGGGUUUCUUGCGUUAAUUUUAUUUUUUUUUGUUUUGUUUGAUUCACCGAUUUGGUUUUUUGGUGUGCGCGUUUCAUUGUUAGGAUCUUUUGACCUUCAGAAACCCUAGAGAGUUGUAGGCCGUGAAUUAGUUCAUUGCGUAGCGUUGGGAUUAGAGUGUGUUCUAAACCUUGAGGAUGGGAGGGGGCGAUGGUGAGGGCGGUUUUCCAGACUCAUUGCUGAAUCGAGAUCAUCUUACCUUUGGUGUAAGUCCAGCAGGAGAUUUCGUAUUUGAUGCGUCACAGUAUGAAUUCUUUGGUGGUGAUAUGGUGGAGGAGGGUGAGUUGGGAGGAUUGGCAGAUGAAGAUGAUGAUUUUGAUGCUGGUGGAUAUGAAAAAGAGUUACAAUUGGAGAGGGAAGAGUUGAACAAAGUGACCUACGGGUUAUCAAUUACAGGAGCUGGUAGAGACCGGGGAUCUCGAGAAAGUUCUUCCGCUGCUGAUUUAGCACAAGCUGGAGAUUUCCCAAACUGCUUCGAUCAUGGUGCUUUCGAUGCUGAAAUCAAUCAAGAGAGUGAAAAUUGGACCUUUCAUUCAUAUUCUACCUCCUCCAAUUCCCAUCCUCAAUUUAAUGCUUUACCGAGAGGGCCACAAUUUGGUGGAAAUUUGUCUCAGCUACCUCACAGGCUCCCGAACAAUAGUCAGCUCUCAUGUAGGUGGGUGAACCAAAGUGGUUUAAACCCUGGAAAUCAUUCUGGGCUGUCAAAGAUUUUUUUUUCUCUUCAGAGUGGUCGAAUGCCUCCGCUGGUCAUGCCACCAGCCCAACAUUCCCAGCAAGCUAGAUUGCAGCAUCCGUUUCAGCCCCCAGCGCUCAGCAAUGCGGCCAGACCACCUCCCCAACUCUUGGGUCGUCAGCUUUCUCGAUCACUCCCUAUGAUGAGCAGUUUUGACGUUCUUGGCUCACCAGAUUCAAGGGAUCAAAGAGCUCUGCAACUACAAAGAAGCAGACAUGGGCAACAUCACCAUUCCUAUACCGGCCAGGAUUCUGCAGGGCAGAAGGGUGUCAAUGGGUGGCCCAGAUUUAGAGCGAGAUAUAUGUCUCCAGCUGAGAUUGAAAAUAUACUCAGAAUGCAGCUUGCAGCUACUCACAGCAUCAAUCCUUAUAUCGACGAUUACUACCAUCAGGCCUGCCUGGCAAGAAAAUCAUCUGGAGCUAGGUUGAGACAUCAUUUCUGCCCGAUUUUUUUGAGAGAUAGUUCUUCCAAGCCCCGUGGCAACAAUGAGCCCCACAAUUUCCUCCAGGUCGAUGCUCUCGGAAGGGUGGCCUUUCCCUCAAUACGCAGGCCUCGGCCACUUCUUGAAGUUGACUCCCCAAUUGGUCCCAAACCAAAACAUACAGAGAAGCCUUUGGAACAGGAGCCUAUGCUUGCAGCCAGGAUAACUAUCGAGGAUGGACUUUCUCUACUGCUUGACGUUGAUGAUAUCGACAGGUUUCUACAGUUUUAUCAGCUCGAAGAUGGUGGAACACAGCUGAGACAGAAGAGACAGACCCUUCUAGAAGGUUUAGCCUCAUCCCUUCAUCUUGUCGAUCCGCUAGAGAAGCAUGGAAAGUUGGUGAAGUUGGCUCCCAAAGAUGAAAUCAUCUUCUUAAGGAUAGUAUCUCUUCCUAAAGGCCAGAAACUACUGUUAAGGUACCUGCAACUUCUUUUACCGAGCGAACUUACUCGAGUUGUCUGCAUGGCCAUCUUCCGCAGUCUGAGGUUCUUGUUUGGAAACAUUCCUACUGAUCCCAAAGCAUCCAUGGUAAUUGUGAACCUUGCAAAGGCGGUGUCCUCGUGUGUCCACUCCAUGGAGCUUAAGGCACUUGCUGCCUGUCUUGCAUCGGUCGCAUGCUCAAAUGAGCAGACUCCCACGUGUCCCAUUGUGAAUCCUGCGGGAGAUGGUGCUUCUUUAGUUCUUAAAUCUGUGCUCGACAGGGCAACCGAGCUUCUGACAGACCCAAAGACUGCUGGCAAUUGUACUGCACAACACAGGGAAUUCUGGCAGGCUUCUUUCGAUGCAUUCUUUGGCCUACUCACCAAGUACUGCUUCAAUAAAUAUGAAUCUGUUGUGCAAUCCUUUGUCGCCCCAGGCUUGUCGGAGUCGGCUCCAAUUGGAUCCGACAUGGUGAAAGCAUUUACCAGGGAGAUGCCAAUUGAACUCUUGCGAUCAAGCCUUCCUCACACAAAUGAGCAGCAGAGAAAGGUACUACAGGAAUUUGGUCAACGAUCAAUGCCUGUGUUGGGCGGAGGAAAUGGCAGCUCAUGAUCAUCAUAAGCACGACAGCUUGGAGACAAUAAAGUGUUAUUAGCUGCAGCAUCUUGAGGUGAUGAUAUCAUAUCAAGAAAGCUUUAUAAGAAGUACAUCCAUGGAUUCAUAUAUACAUUUUCUGCGACUUAACUCUAUUUUACCAUCUUCAUUGGCCUCCCAAUGAUGUAAUUUUGAAGUUUUUCAUCUGUUCGAGAUUCCUGUUUCUCGUGAUUUUGAAGCCUAUAUUUUUUGUUAUCUUUAUGUCCUAGAAUAACAAAUGCUGCAGCAGGUGUACAGAUAUUUCUUUUUUAUGGGGAUGGGAAUCGUUCAACUCUUACUUUUCAUGUUCUAUAGAAUCCUUAUACAGUUACCAUCUUGCUAAUUUUCAAUUCUAUGUUAUUUCCUCUUCAACCCCCUCGUUGAUUAAUUGUCUUCUUAUUCCGGCCUCUCCGGUACAAUCAUCACAUAAUGUCAUUUCUAUUCAUAACGUUAAUAACUCUAAUCCAGGAUAGAAACAGAUCUACCAUUAUGUUUCUUCCACCUCCGAGUCUUCAUUCUUACCAUCAUCACAGCCUACAUCUAUCCCGCGGCGACCUAAAAGAACAAGAUAAAGAAGAUUCAUUCGGGCGUCAUAAAUUGGAUUUGGAACAACCAAGCGUCCCCUUUCGUAUG